AUGACUUCAACCAAUCCUCUCCAGACAGAACAGGUUAGAAACAAGGUCCUAUACAGUGAAGUGGACGUGCAACACAAUGGCUAUUUAGAAGCAUUGGGAAAAGUUACAAAACUGGCCAAGAGCAUCCUAAAUAGUGGGUUACAAUCAUACGAAGCACAGGAAAAUGUACAGUUCGGUAUUGAGCAUGUGCAGGAAUUGGAGCAAAAUGCCAGUUUGAAGUUUAUGGAGUACCAAUCAUCAUUAGAUGUUAAAAAAUUAGCCCAAGAGAACUGGGAACAAUCAAACCACGAAACUAUCGAUACUAUGGAGACAAAUAUGCCAAGCAUGAUAAGUGAUUUAAGGUCUGCACAUGAAAGUCUGCAAGAAAGGAUCGAAAGAGUACGAGUGUUGUAUGAUUCAGUGACUAAAGUGAAUACUGAAGCCGAGAAUCUCUUAGAAGGAAACACAAGCCUAACCGCUACACUUUCUGAGUGGGAAGAGGAGCUCGGAGCUCCACUAACUGAUAAACUGAUCAAGAAGGGGUACUUGAGGGAAGCUGGAACUUCGGGAGGUGAACAAAGGUACCGCGCUUACGAUAAUUUCACUAAAGGACCAAAAGAGUUGAAGCACAUGAACCAGUCAAUCAAAGAAGACAUAUCAAGAUUGACAAAUGAAUUGGGUAGUUACAAGGAAAAAUGGUUGCAGGAUGCAGAGAUAUUUACCAGAAUUACAUCCGUUUUAAAGGAGGAGCUAAUUAAGCGGGACAUGAACGUUGAUAUCGAUAUGGAAGAAGAAGAGGAGGAGGAUGAAGAAGAGGAAGAAGAAGAUGAUGAAGAAGAGGAGGGGCACGAGCAGGAGCAGGAGGAAGAAAUAGAGGAAGAAGAGGAUGAAAAUGAUGAUGAAGAGCAGGAGGAAGAUUAUGAUGAGAAUCUACACGACGAUGAACCAGUGGAAGAAGGCAUCAAUGAAGAUAAUCCAGUUAGAGAUACUAUCAGCCACAAUGAACCAGUGGCUGAUGAAGGAAUGACUGAAGACGCAGGUGUAAUUAAUGAUAUAGAAAACAGAUAA